AUGGCCUCAGGGCCAUCUCGGGCAAUCACGGGGAACCCGUUCCCACCUGAUAUCCCAGGGAAAAAAGCGUGGGCGAAUGGAAAUGACAAUGUUUCAAACACAGUCGAUGGCAGUUUCGCUGGUCGGAGACAACCGGAAUGGAUGGAUCCGAUCAACGGGGAGCUUUCAAUUCUACUGUUGAAACCGGCAACCGAUAAAGACGCGCUUCCAGACGAUCCGUUUAUUAUUCAAAAAUCGAUUGAGCAAGCAGUGGGUGUUAUCGAGGACGCUCGGCCAGAAGCGGGAGGAUCCCGAUACGUGCUGAAAGUUCGACAGAAGCGGCAAAUUGAAAAACUGAUGAAGCUACGCGAAUUGAUUGAUGGCACCGCUAUCAACAUUGAUUUCCAUGAAACUCUAAACGUGAGGAAAUGUAUCGUGACAUGCAAGUAUGGACGACAAAUCUCGGACACCGAAAUGGUUUCUCAUCUCAGCGCCCAGCGGGUUAUUGAAGUACGGCGUUUCACCAAAAGGGACCCUAAAAACAGGAAAAAUGUCAUACCAACAAACACUUUGGUGUUGACGUUCCAAGGAACGACCGUUCCUGAUGUCAUCUACUUCGGGUACGUAAGAGUACAACCUCGCCCCUAUUAUCCUUCACCAUUACAGUGUACGAGGUGUCAUAGGUUCAGACACACCAAAAAGUAUUGUACCCAUAGCGAAUUGUGUGCGGAUUGCUCCUCGGAGCAUGCAGAAUUUACACCUUGCGAAGCUGACCCCCUCUGCAUUAACUGUAGUGGGCAACACAGCUCGAGAUCAAGGGACUGCCCGGUAAAAAUUGACGAGGUCAACAUCGUGAAAAUCAAAGUCGAUCAGGAUGUUUCCUAUGCCGAAGCUAGAAAGAGACACGAAGCCGCGAAGCAACAAGGAUCAACACCCACCCCGACAGUUAAGGACUUGAUGACGAAACUGGAAGCGAAGGACCAGGAAAUAACAAAGUUGAGAACAUUGCUACAAAAUCUCAUCAAAGAGGUUGCUGACCUGAAGAAAAAUAACCAGCGAGUCGCAGGAAAACCAACUGAAACAGAAGACAAAAUGGACACCACCGAAGAACACAAAAGUGCCAAGCGUCAGCGAAGCAAGGACAUUUCGCCUACCACCACGCUAGAUCAAGGAAGAAGCUCGCCUCCCCUGAAAAAAACUUCCGGAGAGUCGGCUGCAGGAAAAUCACAGCGAAGCAAUGAUAAAUCACCAAACACUCCACACGACCAUCGAAAGACCUCUCAUUCCCCGAAGAAACCAUCCGGAAGCUCUCCCGAAGAAAAUGAACGACUGACAUCGAAAAAGGAAACGACAGCUAAGAACCCGUCAAACAUCAAAGCACAUCGUACAUAG